GAAGAUGACGACAGUGAUAUUUUUAAGUACUUUAUUUAUUUUAAACAUAAAUGAUAUAAGUGCUGUAAGAAUAUUAGCAGUGUUUCCCACGCCAUCGAUUAGUCACCAAGUUGUGUUUCGACCUCUGACACAUGAACUAGCAAGACGAGGUCAUGAGGUCACUGUUAUCACCACCGACCCCGCUUACCCGCCAGGACAAACUCCAAGCAAUCUAACAGAAAUAGAUGUACACGAUUUAUCAUACAAAUUGUGGAAAGAUGAAUUUCGGAGUAAAUCCGUUGGAUCAAAACAAGACAUAUAUAGUCAAAUAAAAAAAAUAUUUUUCGUAAUAUUUAAGCUCGUUACGUCUCAAAUAGAAACAAAAGAAGUUCAAGAUGUUAUUAAAACGAAAACAUUCGAUUUGUUGCUGCUGGAAGCUUAUACAAAUCCAGCGUUAGUAUAUUCACAUUUUUUCAAAGUACCAGUGAUACAAGUCAGUUCAUUCGGUGGAUUAAAUUUUAAUUAUAGAACUGUUGGUGCCUGUACUCAUCCAAUGUUAUAUCCAACACAAUUACAACAGAAACUUUAUAAUCUCACGAAUUGGGAUAAACUCCAGAACUUAUAUAAACAUUGGUGGUUUGAAAAUUUCCAGUGGAAAGUGGAGCAAGAAGAGAAUAAAAUGUUGAAAUCGUUAUUCGGUUCUGAUUUUCCAUCGCUAUAUGAAUUAAAUAAUAAUGUUCAUAUGCUUUUUUUAAAUGUUAACCCAAUUUGGGUGGACAAUCAACCAGUGCCGUCAAAUGUGAUUUACAUAGGAGGAAUACAUAUGACAGAACCUAAAGAAUUACCAAAGGAUCUACAGUCGUUUCUGGAUUCUUCUAAAAAUGGUGUCAUUUACUUUAGUUUGGGAACGAAUGUCACACCUUCUGUUUUGCCACCGGCGGUGAUACAAAUGUUUGUGAAGGUAUUUUCACAGCUACCUUACAACGUUUUGUGGAAGUGGGAUAAGGACGUGUUACCAGGACAGACGAAGAAUAUUAAAAUAUUCAAGUGGCUGCCACAGUCAGAUCUCCUUAAACACCCAAAUAUAAAGUUAUUCAUAACUCAAGGCGGUCUGCAGUCUACGGAUGAAGCAAUAAAUGCUGGAGUACCACUCAUAGGUAUUCCGAUGCUAGCAGAUCAAUGGUACAAUGUACAGAAAUACCUACGUUUUGAAAUUGGAAUUCAACUUGAUAUCACAUCUGUAACCGAAGAUGAAUUCCGAAAUGCCGUUGUAACUGUUGCGGGUGACAAAAGAUAUCGUGAGAAUAUAAUAAGACUGCGUAUCCUUAUAAAUGAUCAACCCCAGUCACCAUUGGAGCGCGCCGUCUGGUGGACGGAGCACUUGUUACGUCACGGCGGAGCUAAGCAUCUGCGAGCCGCUGGCGCUAAUAUAUCGUGGGUAGAAUAUUUGGAACUCGAAUUAGUUUUUAUUUUAUUAUUAUUAUUAAUUUUUGUUUUCACUUUAAUAUAUGUAUCUAUUUGUAUGUUAUGGAACUUUAUAAAGAAAUACUUUAGGGUUGAUAUUAAACGAAAGGUGACUUAGAUUGUAUGAAUUAAUUUUGUGUUUUUAUAAGUAUCUACUAUGAUGUAUUAUGUAUGUAUAUUAAUAGAUAGGUUUAGUUAUAUACGUUUAAUUAUUCUUUUAUUUAUCUGUGAUUUUACUCAAUCAAUUAACAGCCAAUCGUGGUCCACUGCUGAACAUAGACGUCUCCCAAAGUGCGCCAAAGCUCCCGGUCCAUGAUUAAUUCCCGGUGAUUGUACUCAAAUUUCAUAAAAUCUAGAUAACAUAAAAAAUACAUUGAAAUCUAAAACCAUAAUUUGUAAUUACAAACAGGUACAUUUAUUUUUUUAUUAAAAAUUUUCGACGUCCGGUAGUUGAUACUCCUCUGCCCCCGAUAGCACAGUUGCAAAGUAGCAAAGUUGACGGACCAUGCCUGAACUGCUUGGGUUCCCCAUCUAAUAUAAUAGCUCCUGCACAGACAAGUCUACCUUGAUAUGAUGUAGUCGAAAUCUUUCGGGAGAACAUCAUCAUUUUGUUAAUAAUAUCAAAUAGUGAACUGAAUGUGAAUAUUAGACGCGAAGCGUCUUAUAA